AUGUCAAUGAUGAACUCAACGAUAUACCAUCCCGAGAACUCGACAGCGUCAAUUAUGGCUGGUGCACGGUGGGCAUCGGUUUAUACCACCUUGAAAGAAUUCGGUGUUACCGCUACUGGUGGUCGAUCCGAUACACUAGGUGUUGGUGGUUUGGUCACAGGUGGUGGACUAUCAUUUUUCACUGCACGAGAUGGCUUCGUCUGCGACAACAUAGAAAAUAUCGAACUCGUUCUCUCUAACGGCGAAAUAAUUAAUGCAAACAGCGAGAUCAACGCCGACUUAUUCCGCGCCCAGAAAGGUGGCUCGAAUAAUUUCGGCAUAAUCACCAAGAUAAACAUCCGCACAUUCGAGCAAGGAGAUUUAUGGAGCGGGAUAAUUCUACACGACAUGUCGACAGUCCAACAGCAGAUCUCAGCUCUGGUCAACUUUACUGAUAGGGUCGAGGAAGAUCCCAAUGCCUGCCUGGUCAGUUUAUGGCAAUACUCCUCUUUACUUGGCACGACGAUUGCGGGGACAGGACCCCAGUAUUUGAUUCCUGUAGAGAAUCCCGAGCCCUUCCGGGAGUUCUUGGAGAUCCCUAGUAUCUCGAGUUCGACGCGAUUUGCAGAUAUUUAUGACUUGAUGAUGGAGACAUCGCCUCCGUCAGGACAGCGGGUAAUUCUUCUGACGCUUACAUUUGGGAAUGAUGAGCGGGUGAUGCAGAAGCUGGUUGAUACGCAGGGAGAGCUUGUCGAGGAGGCUAAGCCAUAUAUGCAGAGUACGGAUUGGAACAUUAUUAGUUUCCUACAGCCGUUCCCUGCGUUAUUUGGACAGAAGGGCAAAGAGAUGAAUGGAGGAAAUGUGCUAGGAAUUGAUCGGAUGAAGAAGAAUCAUCUAGUUUACUUACUGUUCCUCUCUUGGGAUGAUAUUAAGGAUGAUUCGCUCAUCCGAUAUGCGGGUAACCAAAUUAUCGCUCAGGUUCGCGCAUACGCUGAGAGUGUUGGUCAGGACCAUCCGUACCUCUAUCUCAACUAUGCGGAUAAGAGUCAAAAUCCUUUGAGGAGCUAUAGAGAAGAGAACUUCAAUGAGAUUCUCCGUGUUGCAAAGAAAUACGACCAUACCGGCGUGUUCCAAAAUCAGAUGCCCGGUGGAUUCAAGGUAACGAAAGCAUGA